GAAACAUAUUGAGAAUAUCGUUUUUUCACCGAAUAUGGAAUAUAUGGUGACUAGUAAUGACGUAUCUGUAGUUUUGUGGACAGUUGAUUUAUUAGAUAAUAAAAUAGAGAAAGAAAAUACAUUUAAGGAUCAUCUGGAACCGGAAAGGUCGCUACUAAGAUUAUCAAAUAAAAAAUUAUUGAUUAGUGGUUUUAAGGAUUCAACUGGUUACUCUGAGUUAACGGUCUUAGAUAUGGAAACGGCGGCGGAAACUCCGAAAUGUACCACAAUAAAGCCAAGUAACGGAAGAUUUUUACAAUUUCUACCAAAUGGAAAUCUUCUAUUGAUUAAAGCACCAUAUAUAUAUGUUUUUACAGAAACUAUAUUGAAUAAUUCACCGUACACAAGAUAUACUUCAAAAUAUCAUUUAUGUAUGGUCGAUAUUCGAAAGGGCUUAGAAGUUGUCGAUAUUCGAAUGGACUUAAAAAUGGAUGAUGGUCAAAGGAAAAUAGAAAUAGACGAUACCCCGACAAUAAUCCAAAUGGACCUAAUAAAUGAUCAAAUAUUCUUUACCCUAAAAGGCUCACUAUAA